AUGAUUGAGAGUGACAGAGAGCUGUCGGCCAUGGUGCAGGAGCUGUGGGACAAUGACGUCAACAGACUCAAACCUGGAAAAGACUACAGGAUCUCCCUGCAGGGCAAAGCCGAAACCAGCAUGGCCAUCAACGACAACAAUGAUGGAGCAGGGUCUCCUCUGUUUACAUUUGUCGAUGAGAACAUUUUCAAAAAGGAGACUUUUUUGGCCUUUAUCUCCCUGUUGGAUAAUUAUGUGAGUGACACCGGCGAGCCAGAAAUUGUAACCCCUGAGGAGGUGGCGGAGAAUCACAAGUUCCUGGACGCCAUCAUUCAGACUCCCACUAUGAAGUUAGCUCAUAGAUACCUAGUAGAGAAGCACCUCUCUCCAGAGGAUGAUACACAAUUCAAGGAGCAGCUGUACAGGAUCUGGUUUGAACUUUACGCGAGGAGAGGAUCCAGCAGGCCUGACUCCUCUGGAUUUGAACAUGUGUUUGUGGGAGAGACGAGAGGAGGGACUGUCAUCGGCUUUCACAACUGGAUCCAGCUCUACCUGCAAGAGAAGCUGGGCAACGUUGAUUACAAAGGCUACAGCGUCAAUGCAAAUUCACCCCAGCCUGACGAGAACAAACACAUCAUGGCCCUUCAGUUCAGCUGGAAGGACGGCAUAAAGCCCAAGGGCAGCAUCUUCGUCGGCGUCAGUCCCGAGUUUGAGUUCGCCCUCUACACCCUCUGUUUCCUCACCUCGCCCAACGAACGCGUCAAAGUACAGUUCAGUUUCUACGACGUGGAGAUUGUUUGCCACCACUACAACCAAAAGCACAUAGGCACCACUUACCCUGUGCUCCUGAAGUACAGGAAGCCUACCUAG